AAUUCAGCACCCCCAUGCUCAUUUUUCUAGAGAAACGUCGUUUAUUUGGGAAGAAGAUUCUCCGUUCAACGAGCCCACUCUACUCAACUUUUCUACGAUGCAGCAAGUUGUGGUUUUUGGUGCUACUGGACGCCAAGGCGGUAGUGUCGUCAGUCACUUAUUAGCAAGUGGAAGUUAUAAGAUCAGAGCAGUUACGAGAGAUGUUUAUAGUGAGAAGGCACAGAACUUGGCGAAAAAGGGAGUGGAGGUCGUAAAAGGAGAUCUUUUACAGCCACGGCAAACUUUGAUUCCGUUACUGAAGGAUGCCUAUGCAGUGUUUGGUGUAACAGACUACUGGUCUUUAUUAAGUAGACCUGAGGGUGCCGAAAAAAUGGAAGUUCAAUGUGGUAAGAAUUUAGUAGACGCUAUUGUUGAGGCAGGAGUGCCCUUUCCAAUAUUUAGUGGUUUGCCUUCUGCUUUCAGGUUAACUGGCAAUAAGAUUCGUGUAAGCCAUUUUGAAAGCAAGGCUGCAAUUGAGGAAUAUAUUGAGAAGAAAGGUCAUCCCUUUAUUGUGACUCACCCGUAUGCUUAUUUUGAAAACUUGUUUUAUUGGUUGCAGCCGAGUUCACAAGUACCAGGCUCUUUUGAAAUUGUUCUUCCUAUGGAUUCUUCAAAUAUUUUUUUGACUUGUAUGCAGGAUUUUGGAGGAGUUAUUGCAUCUAUUUUGAAAUCUCCACAGGACUACUUGAGAAGGAGGUUGGACGUGGUUCAUUUGUGUAUGGAUUUUCAUAAAAUUGCUGAAGUUCUUUCAGAAGUUUUUGGAAAGAAAGUUGUUUAUCGUUCCGUUUCUGUAGAAGAAUAUAAGCGAUUGCCUUUUCCAGGUGCAAGUGAUCUUGCAGAUAUGUUUGCCGCCUAUCAAAUUAUGUUCGACAAAAAUCACAUACAGCAGUUUGAUAUGAAUACUGCCAGAGAAUUGUAUCCCCAGUGUCACAGUUUAGCAAGCUGGGCGAACGAGCAUAAGGCUGAACUGCUUAAACUUCACUGAUUUUUCCUUCUUAAAUAGGAAAUACAACCCCAUUCCAUUUUUAAAAUGAGGAUUUCAAGUU